AUGGCAAAGGGGGCAAACCAGGCCCAAGCUGGCCCGACCGGGCCCAAACAGGCCCAUAAAGCCCCACUGCCAAGCUGCAGCAGGCCGGCCGAAGCGCCGCCGCCACUCAUCCACCGCCGCCGCACCAUCUCCGCCGCCAGGGAGCUCCGCCGGCGCGCCGAAACGCAGGAAACCCGCCCAGCCGAUCUAGGCCCCCGAGCCGGGCCGGAUCCGGGCCGAGCAGUCCCGUCCGCGCCGCCCGGCCGUCGUCUGCUCGCCUCCAGCCGGCUGCGCCGCCGUUCCUCCUCCCACCCGGCGCGCGGGUCUCACGCCGCCGCGCCGGACCGCCGGUUAGCCGAGGUGCACCGCGCCGCCAAGGGGCCCCCGCUCCCUCGCCGCACCGCGGGAAGAUCGACCACGCCCAGGUUCCUCCAUCGCGCCGCCGCGAACGGCCGGGCCAGUUCACCAUCUUCGUCAACCCCCAGCAGGCCACGCCAUGGUGCUGUUGAGGGAUGCCAGACGUGGAUCCUACUAACACGGCAGCGAACUACACCUAGCUGUUGGGCGAUCUUUCUACGGCAGAGAAACAGGUUGAGAUCAAACCCAGAUUAG